GUUUGUGUCAAAACGAGGAAGAACUGUGUACACGGAAGUAGUGGGACUUCAGCUCUAGCUCGAAGUUUACCGAAGAAGCAGCUUUUGUGUUGAAAAUAAUCGCUUACAAAGUGUCGGUUGAUCAGACAGGGAUGGCACAUUACCCCAAAGGUCUUUGUUUGGGGAUUCUGACUGGAAAAUACGUCAUUUGAAUGGACUGUGUAUUGCUGUGCAGGUCAAUGGACGCCAGGACUUGAGUGCUGCUGUUUUGACAGCUGCCUGAAGCUCCACUACCUGUGUGUCUGUGUCAAAGAUCAGCUCUAUGGGUAAAGACGGCUCAUAUGAAUAAAUUAAGGCGAUAAUUCGUGAACGUCUGGAUUUGGUGCAGCUUUUUAACGUUCCAUCAAAGAAGUCCCUCCUUGGAGCCAGAGGCCAUGGCGUCUUCCCGGCUGAAGUACAUGUCUUUGGGGGUGCUGGUGUUCCAGACCACGUCCCUGGUGCUCACCAUGCGCUACUCCCGGACGCUGCAGUCUGAGGGCCCGCGGUAUCUGGCCUCCUCCGCCGUGGUUGUGGCGGAGCUUUUGAAGAUCCUUACUUGUGUUCUUCUCGUCUUCAAGGAACACAGUUAUAGCAUGCGAGCCCUGAACAGUAUUCUCCGUCAGGAAAUUGCACACAAACCUAUUGAGACUCUGAAGCUUGCUAUCCCCUCUGGCAUCUACACUCUCCAGAACAACUUACUGUAUGUGGCCUUGUCCAACCUGGAUGCAGCCACUUACCAGGUGACAUAUCAGCUGAAAAUCCUGACCACUGCUCUGUUUUCCGUGUCCAUGCUGGGUCGUAGGUUAGGGGUCUACCAAUGGCUGUCGCUCCUCAUUCUCAUGACUGGAGUGGCCCUUGUGCAGUGGCCCUCUGAGUCUACGUCAGCUGCAGAAAAGGAGGCACUGUCGGCUGGAUCGCAGGUUGUUGGAGUGACGGCUGUUCUGGUUGCGUGUUGCUCCAGUGGCUUUGCAGGAGUUUACUUUGAGAAGAUCCUGAAGGAGAGCAAGCAGAGUGUCUGGGUCCGCAACAUCCAGUUAGGGAUGUUUGGGCUCGUAUUUGGCCUUUUUGGCAUGCUGCUUUAUGACGGGGAGAGGGUCAGAGAGUCCGGGAUGUUCCAGGGUUACAACACACUCACAUGGACAGUUGUGGCGCUGCAGGCACUGGGGGGUCUGGUCAUAGCGGCAGUUAUAAAGUACGCAGACAACAUCCUCAAGGGCUUCGCUACAUCCCUCUCCAUCAUCCUGUCAACUCUCAUAUCCUACUUCUGGCUUCAGGACUUUGAACCAACAGGGGUGUUCUUCCUGGGAGCGAUUUUAGUCAUUGUGGCUACUUUUCUGUAUGGGUAUGAAGCUAAGCCGACCCCCAAUCCGAGCAGGGCAUAGUACUCUGCAGAAGGACACUACAAAAGUAUAAGCCUAUGAAGGAGAAGGGAACAGUCUACAGAGAAACAAGGGGUGAGGUCUUGAGUGCUUAUGGUCUAAAAGGGAGGAGGAGUUUCAGUCACCAAAAGUGCCUCAGCUGGGAGAAAAGAACCUGGCAAACAAGACUGAAUGUGUUAAUGCUUUGUUGAUUUAAUCCUGUGACACAAUUUAUGACAGACCAGACUGUCCAUGUUACUGCCACACCUAUCAAAAUAUUAAAAUAGUCACAGUGGCAGUCAGUUUACUUUCACUAUUUGGAUAGACCCAACUUAUUGGAUAUUGUGCAAUGCAGUGUUCUAAAUGCAUUUUUUUCUUUUUGCUAAUCCACAUGAACCUCUCUGUUACAGCAGUCAGUGGUUUCAAGAAUGCGAUGAUGUAAUACUUUUAGAUGGGGGGCAAGAGACAGUGUUUCCUAUAGAUUGCACGGUACUUUGCCAUGAAAUACCGAAAAUAUAAAUUCAUAAAUGUUGAAUCUGAUCAUUUCUAUUAGUGAUAAGACUCCACACCUUGUUAUAUUACAAAAUAAACCUGUAUCUUAACAAUAUUCAUCUUAGCUGCCCCCCUUCUGUAUUAAUUAUUAUUGGACUAUAAAAUGUUGUGAUGUCAUCUGAAACCCAGCAAUUUGGUUAUAGACAAAUUGCAAUUCGACUGUAAAAUUGGUUACACUGUACUCAUAUUGUGCAUUGUUGUAGAGGAGACUGUUUUUGUGGAGAAACAAAAACAAAAAAAAUGGUACUGAGCUGGCUAGUAAAAUAUUUUCACUUUAGUUUUGUAAGGUACAUGCUUGGGUCCAAACAACUAGAGCUAAAAUUUGUUUUUUUGUUUUUUUUUUUUGUUAAAUUUCUGUACUUUUAUGUAGCUUUCAUGGACAUGACUAUUGCAUUUUUGUUGUUUGUUUUUUAUAUAACAAACCAAACAAACCAACAGCAAUAAAAAAAGAUCAUUGCAGACUGAACAAACUAUAACACCUAAGCUAAAAUUCUGUUUAGUUUUCCCAAGUUAUGUUGCAUUUGUCUCUGCUACUGUAUUUUUAGAAGCGUUUUUUUGUUGCCAGGCAACAUAUAGUCACCAUGACAUCUCGAUCAUGUGUGCUCCACACUGGGCUUCACAUACCGACCUGAUUUACUGUGACGUUUUUACACAGAAAAAUACAUUCACUCAGUUAGGAGAUACUGCUGUACCCCCUUCAUGAAGAAGCAUUAAAUAUUACACAUUAUGACUGAUCAUGUGUAACAAUGAAAUGAUUUCUCUUCUCUACUGCUAUGUAAUUUUUCUAAACCACUGGUAAUUAACGAUUAUAGUGUCCUGUGCUGGUAUGUUUGUCUGUAUCUUUUUUUUUUUUUUUUUGUGGAUAAAGAAAUCAAUAUUGUUGGUCUGAAGUUCGAAUAGUGUAAAUACUGAUAAAAUGUUUGGGGUUAUUUAAAUAUAGCUUUUCAAUUGUAUGUUUGUUUUGGUUUUUUUACAUGAGAUCAUAAUUAAUAUCUUUAUUUUAAUUACAAUGGGUGAUUAUUUUAUAAAACAAAUGUGUGGACU